AUGUGUAGUAGAGGCCAUUGGAGACCAUCUGAGGAUGAGAAGCUUAGGGAGUUGGUGGAAAGCUAUGGACCUCAUAAUUGGAACGCCAUAGCUGAAAAUCUCAGAGGAAGAUCAGGGAAAAGUUGUAGGUUGAGAUGGUUCAAUCAAUUGGACCCAAGGAUAAACAGAAAUCCUUUCACUGAGGAAGAAGAAGAGCGUCUGAUAACUUCUCAUCGGAUUCAUGGCAAUAGAUGGGCCGUAAUUGCGAGACACUUCCCCGGCCGGACGGAUAAUGCUGUGAAGAAUCAUUGGCAUGUGAUGAUGGCAAGGAUUCGUCGCGAAAGGUACAAGAUAUAUGCAAAAGGUCCUCUUGAUCAUCACAUAAUUUUCUCUCAAAAUGAUCAUCAAACAAACUUUGAGACAAGAAAUCUUCAUUCUUUUGUUGAGAACUAUCAUGAAAAGAAUAAACACCCAAGUGUCUCGUAUAACCCUUUCCAAUUUCCGAAGUUUCGGUUUCAAGAUCCAAGUUCUUGUUCCACAAUGCUUCAAGAUAAAACUCAAUCAAUUGAGUUCUACGAUUUUCUUCAAGUAGAUUCUAAUAAAAGUGAAGUUACUGAUAAUGCUAGAAGAGAGGAUGAGGAAGUGAAUCAAGAUGUUGUGAAGAACAAAGAAAAACAUGUUCCAUUCAUUGAUUUUUUGUCUACUUCAAGCUGCUAA